AUGAUAGUAGGAUUAUUCAGGAAGGAGUCAACUAAAAAAAGUAUAUAUCAGCAAAUGUAUUCAUAAGCAGAGAAAUUUAUUAAUAUAUAUGAUAUUUAUGAAAGUCUAUUUUAAGUCAAGAAAGCAAUAAAGCUAAUGUUAAGCAAAGAUUAAUACGCUGCUCUUUAAUUUUGUGGUUGUGAUAUGAAUUUUGAUGAAAUUGAUAAUAAUAUAAUGUAGCAUAAAAAUCAAACAAUUUAUAAUAAAGAGACUCCAGAAAAUAUAAACAAUUUAAACUAAGAAUAAAAUGAAAACUAAAAAAUAGUUCUGGAGAGAAUAUCUUAAACACAAGAAAAUAAGUAGCAAAACUUAUAAGAAAAAAUGUAAUUGAUAUAAAUUCGCAAAAAAGAGGAUAAAGAUAUUGAAUUAUCAUAAAAUAAUUACUAAAAAGAUAAAUCUGAAAAUAUUUCAUCUAAAUAAUAUUAGGAUUUAAAAAUUUAGGGACAAUAUAUAGCCUAAACCGCAUUAAUCUAAGAUUAAGAAAAGAUACAACAACAAUAGUAGCUCAUAGUCAAAAAUAUUUUCUUUUCAGCAAGAAAUCACUUAGAUGAUUAGGAUUAAAUUAUUGAUUUAAAUAUCUUUUCAUCUUUGAUUGGAUAAAAUGAGCUUUCCCAAUCAGAAUGCAUGUUAAACAACAUUUAAUAAAAUGUUUAUUAACAAUGA